AUGGAGGGAGGAGGGGAGCACCUGGCCGUCACCUUCGACCAGGUGACGGUGGACGUGGGCGGAGACUUCCAGAAGGACACGGGUCUGUUCACCUGCAGGGUCCCAGGAGCUUAUUACUUCAGCUUCACUGUGGGAAAGUUUCCUCACAAGGAGCUGUCCGUCAUGCUCAUGAAGAACCGCAACGAGGUCCAGACCAUCGUGUACGACGAAGAAAACACGGAUGAGCGCAAGAUGCAGAGUCAGAGUGUGAUGCUGCAGUUGGACUUCGGCGACACCGUUUGGCUGCGUCUCCACGGUGACCCACGUUACGCGCUCUACAGUAACACGGCACAUUACACCACCUUCAGCGGGUACCUGAUCUACCCCAGUCUGUACCCGGGACUGUCCUCCGACUACGACACUCCACAGACCAACGAGCUCGACCUAAGACCCACCCAGAGGACCGAGGGCACCCAGAGGACCGAGGGCACCCAGAGGACCGAGGGCACCCAGAGGAUCAGGGGGGCAGCAGAGAGCAGAGAGAGCUCAGAGCACAUCCUGAAGAGCUCGGAGGAGGAGGAGCCCGAGGAAGACCCCCGCAGCGCCUUCUCCGUCGGACGCACCCAGAGCAUCGUGGGCGUGACCAGGGCGGGGCUCCCGCACCACCGUCCGAUCAGCUUCGACUCGGAGUUCGUGAACAUCGGCGGGGACUUCAACAUCACGUCGGGGGUGUUCCUGUGCCGCGUCCCGGGCGUCUACUACUUCUCCUUCAACGCCGGGAAGCUGCCGGAGAAGAGGCUGUCGGUGAAACUGAUGAAGAACCAGAUGGAGGUGCAGACGAUGAUCUACGACGACAGCCGCGGUCAGAGGGCGCUGCAGAGCCAGAGCCUGAUGCUGUCGCUGCGCCGCGGCGACACCGUGUGGCUCUACUCGCAUCAGAGCCAGGGCUUCGGCGCCUACAGUAACCACGCCAAAUACAUCAACUUCAGCGGCUUCCUGGUGUACCCCGACCCGGCCAACAGGAGGCGCUAG